AUGUCGGGCCUGAUCAUGACCUACGCGCUGGCGGUCGUGCAGAUAAUUCCUGGCGUUGUGUCCCAGUCAGCUGAGAUUGAAAGCUCCCUCAUCACAGUCGAGAGGAUGAUGUAUUAUGGUAACGAGAUCCCGACAGAGAUAUCAACACCGGCCACCGUGCCACCCCCGACUUGGCCGGAGAAGGGGGAUAUAACGAUGAAGUGCGUCAGCCUGCGCUACCGAAGUGAUCUCCCUCGUGCACUGCACGGGGUAAACCUGACAAUAUCUGGUGGCGAGAAGAUAGGCAUUAUUGGCCGCACUGGUGCAGGUAAAUCCACUAUUAUAUCCGCUCUUUUUCAACUCUUCCCGCUGGAGGAGGGGUCCAUCGUUAUCGACAAUAUCAACAUCGCAGAUCUGGAUCGCCAAUCCUUGAGAUCCAGAUUAGCUAUCAUCCCUCAAGAUCCAACAUUGUUCGACGGGACAGUCCGGUCCAACCUCGAUCCCGCCGAAGAAUACGCAGACGCUGUUCUGUACAACGCACUUCGUAUGGCUAGCCUUACUCGAAUCCAUCUCGAUCAUAGGGUUCUGCCCCACGGUGCAAAUCUUUCCCUGGGUGAGAAGCAGUUGCUUGCACUAGCACGCGCCUUGGUGCGAGAUCCUCGCAUCCUUGUCUGUGACGAGGCUACGUCUGCCGUCGAUCAACACACUGAUGAAGCCGUUCAACAAACUUUACUUACUGCCAUGAAGGGAAGGACAGUCAUUUGUAUUGCUCAUCGGCUGCAAACUAUCAUGCGAUAUGAUCGUAUCUGUAUGAUUGAUCAAGGCCGAGUGGUUGACUUUCAAACUCCCCGUGUCUUGUUUGACACGAACACGCAAUUUCAACAAAUGUGCAGACUCACUGUUUAA